UCUUCCAUAUUUCGGUGCAGUAGCAUCGUGUCCGGUUGUUAAAUUCUUAUAUUACGUUGACUCUUGUGAUCGAGAAGCAAUCCUGAUGAGUUAACUCUGUGAGAAGAUUUAUUAUUUUAUAUUUUUAUAUGCUCCUCAUUUAUGAUAUUUUCAUUUUUUAUAAGAUUUAUUGUGUUUCUUUAUCACAAAAAGUAGUCCACAUAAUACAUAUCCAUACGAAUUUAUCACACAUUAAAUAAAACGGGUCUAUCCUAGUCAACAAUCUAGCUGCCAGUAUAAUAUUUCAAUUGAAUGAUUAAUUUAUUUUAAUUGAAAUUGCUUCUGCUUUGCUAUAUAUGUUUAGAAUCCUUCUCGGUUCAUUCUUGAAUCUUAAAAGAAAAAAAACUCCAACAUAUAAUACUACAAUUUACAGUUUUCAAGAAAGUAAUUAGAGGGGAUGAGCGGGUUAACAUAUCAUGGUCUGUCCGUACAGUGUAGGUCAUCGUGAGCGCCAUUAUUUCUCUCUUUCCCCAUAAAUUUUCUCGCUGUCAAGAAUUCACCAUUAAUGCUUUCGCUUUCACCUUCACUGUAUGCCCCUCUCACUUGCCUGUUCUGUUCAAUAAAAAAUGUACGUCAAAAACAGAAAAGAAACCCCAUAUUAAUUAACUCUCUUCAAUUCCCUCAUAGUUCUUAGGACAAGUUUUUGGUUCAAUGAUGAUACAGGGCCUCUCUCAAAUGGGACAAUAUACCUGUAAUUGUCAUGCAUAAAUACUCACACUUAUAAUAUACAUGUAUUUAUUGCAUUGCCGGCUUGAAACUUGCUGAUAAUCCUUUCUUGCACAACCCGCGGUAAAUUAUCACUUUCGAUUUCCCUAGAUAAGAUCACUCAAGCAUUUAAUUUAUAGCCUCUCUCUCUCUCUAGUACAAAGCUUUUCUCUUUGAAAAAGCAUGUCUUUGUAUGCGUGUGUGGACUUUACAGGCUAUUGCUUUUGUUUUUUUACAUUCAUGGUAAAUUAAGAGUGAGUACCUAGCAUUUGUUGGAACAUUGUUGCUGUAAUAAAAAGUGAAGGAUUCGGUCAAGAAGAUGGGGAGGACACCUUGUUGUGACAAGAAGGGUUUGAAGAAAGGGCCAUGGACACCUGAAGAAGAUGACCUUCUUGUUACUUACAUCAAGAAGAAUGGACAUGGCAGCUGGCGCUCUCUCCCUAAGCUCGCAGGUCUUCUUCGCUGUGGAAAGAGUUGCAGGCUUAGAUGGACGAACUACCUCAGGCCUGAUAUAAAACGGGGUCCCUUUACUCUCGAGGAGGAGAAGCUUGUCAUUCAGCUUCAUGGCAUUCUUGGAAACAGGUGGGCGGCCAUUGCUUCUCAACUACCAGGGAGAACAGAUAACGAGAUCAAGAACUUGUGGAAUACACACCUGAAAAAGCGCCUUCUUUGCUUGGGACUUGAUCCCCAAACUCAUGAGCCCUUUUCAUCCCGUGGACCAGUCAAUAAAGGACCUGCAUCCCCAGCUACUCGCCAUAUGGCGCAGUGGGAGAGUGCUCGGCUGGAAGCCGAGCAACGCCUUUCAAGGGAAUCCUCACUCUUCCUUCCACCGAUGGUGGAAAAAAUUGAUUGUGAUCACUUUCUGCGCAUAUGGAACUCUGAAGUUGGAGAAUCCUUUCGAAGGAUCAACAUGGGAGACAAUAAAACUGCAUGCCAAAGUCCUGUUUCUCAGGCAUCUUCGUCGACAAAAUGUGGAUCAAUUUCAGCUAUCACUGCAGAUAUUAUCCCCAACUUAUCACGGUCCCCCGCCACAGCAAGCAAUCAAAAUGAAGAUAUGGAGUGGAAAAGCCCCAAAUCCUAUGCAGAAGAUGUGCUGGCUGGGUCUGAUUCAAGUUCAGCUGAAUUGGAGGAUUUAACAGACUCCACAUUACAACUUCUGCUGGAUUUCCCCAUUAACAAUGACAUGAGCUUCUUAGAUAAAAAUAUUGACAGCUAUGCCACUUCAUCUGCGAUGUUGACUGGACCCUCCAUGAUAUGCCCUCUAUGAAGCAUGCACGAAAAUGUUGCUGUGUAUAAUGAAUCUUCUUUUGCCAGGAUGUUCAUAUGCUCUUUUUUGGCACUACAAUUUCUGAAGCUAGUUUGAGAGCAAAGAAAGUUAAGAACCAAGCCAGCGGCAAUUGUGGGUAGUUUUUCAGCCUACAGUUACAGUUACAGAUGGUGAUGUUAGAAUUUCCUUUCCUAGUUUUAUUUACUCGGUACCUUGCUGAUUAUAUAUCGAAGAUACAUAUAUACUUUACGACCUAAACUUCCAGGUUUAGUUUCGCAACUAUGCUAUAUAUGCGAUGCUAAAAUCAUAUUUUGCCA